GGAGAAGGGAAGUUAGUUUCACUCAGAUUCUGGGAAUUGAAUGUAGGUUUCGUUGAAGGUUGUUACUAAUAUAGUGAUCUAUAAUAGUAUGUUUGCAAUCCCAUAAAUGAUCCCGAUCUACUGAAAUGUUGUGUCUGAACGGCGUUUUAUUGUUUUGGACUCUCUGUCAUGUCAUCAGACAAGCAUGGUCUGAGGAGGAGCUGUCAUCUCCACGGGACGUGCGCGUUGACUCUGCUGUGCAUUGGAGCCCCGCCACAGACAGGCCAGGGAUAAAGUACACGGUUCAGUACAGGACCAGUGACCUCGAGAAGUGGCACAACAUUUCAGGCUGUGUUCAGACCGAGCUCACCACCUGUAAUAUACAGUCUGGAUGUGUGAUGGUGCGAGUCCUGGCUCAGGAAGGGAACCGCACAUCCAGAUCAGUCGAAGCCUGUCGACAUGCUGAUUCUUGCAGCCCUGAAGUCCAGUUGACCUCCAAGGAAGGACUUCUGAUGGUCCACAUGGUAAAGAACAACCGUCUACUGGAGGAUAAUGGAGACCAUUUUGAAUACCACGUUCAAUAUGGCCGAGACGGGGAGGAGCUCAAACAGGAUCUUUACACCUCCACAUCCCUUAAGACCAUCGAACGUCUGGAUGUGGGCCGGAGGUACUGUGUACAGGUCCGGUAUUUAUGUUACCAAAAACCCUUUGGAACCCCCAGUGUUCAACAUUGUGAGUCCAUCCCAGAGUCAGAACGGACACAGAAAAAGAAGAUUGUGGCGAUCGGUGUGACCUCUACCAUCCUGUUGGGUGUCAUGGUAGUGGGCCUUAUGCUCUUCAUCUACAGGCACCAUAAGAAAAUCAAACAGUUCCUUCAGCCCCCACUACGGUUACCAGACCACUAUUGUGAGUACCUGUCAGGGGUGUUCCCCCAGCAGGCCCUGUCCCUCACAACCAGUCCCUGUGAAGACCGCCAUGAUAUCAUCUCCAUCAUCUGCCUUGAAGAGGACCUGAUUCCUGAGUCUGACAGAGAACAGGAUUAUGACUUACCUAAUGGACUGGAUUUCUUAGAUCAUUAUGAAUGAUCCUGUGACUUCAGACAUGAGACUUUUGCACUCCAUUAGGAUUUGAGAUUAACUUGAUAGCGUCAGAACAUUAACUAGGGGCGGCAGGUAGCCUAGUGGUUAGCGUGUUGGGUCAGUAACCGAAAGGUUGCUGGAUCGAAUCCCCGAGCUGACAAGGUAAAAAUAUGUCGUUCUGCCCCUGAGCAAGGCAGUUAACCCACUGUUCCCCGGUAGGCCGUCAUUGUAAAUAAGAAUUUGUCUAGUGAACUGAUUUGCUUAGUGAAAUAGUUUUAUAGUAGGCCUGGCUAUUGCACUGUUUCCACUCCAAAGGCUUUGCUUAGCAUCAGCUACCAACAUUAUUGUUGAUCAAAAGAAAACUAUUUUACUAUAAAGUAAACAUCUGUGGGUAUUUCAGUUUGCUCUGCAACCGGGGCCAGAGAAAGAUGCUUGUGUCUCAGUAAUUACACCUACCCAGUAGCUGGAUAUUCAUUGGAUAAUAAUAGGUGCAAUCAGGUAGUCCAGCUAAAAAUAGAACCGCUAUACAUUUCUAAAUCAUUUUAGGAAAGUGCUGAGGUUUUCUGGAAAAGUAAGAAAGUGUCCUUGGGCCAGGACUUAAAUUGGGGAUUUUUGUUUGUUACAUUACUGCUGUAUAUUACAAAUCUGUACAUUUCACACUAUUUCUAUGUAUUAAAAAAUAAUUAGAAUGUUUAA